GAGGUGGGACUCGUGGAACCAACGAUGAAGUCCCAACCAGGCAUGGCGAUCAUGCUGCUGCCUAUCGCUCUCUGCCUCAGCCUGGUCACUGUGUGUUCCGGAGCUGCAAUUCCCUAUUCAUGUGGUUCCAUCUACAAGAGUUUUGCUCAGUGUUUAGUCACACUUGGAGACAGUUUUGUGGAUACACAAAAAGACCAGAGCAUGCAGGACAUUGAUUCAAUCUGCAGGUCCUGGAAUGAGUUCCAUGUUUGUGCCAACUCGGCUCUGGCCGGCUGUCCUGGUGAAGCAGCAGCUGUCUGGGAGUCUCUAAGACAAGAGUCCAGGAAGACGAAAUUCUCUGGAAACCUCUAUGACAUGUGCGCCAGCCGCACCGCCCUCCCAGCCAGCACUGUGCCUGCACCCCAGAGACCCCCCACCUCCGACCAGACCAACCAGGAUAAACUGAAGGGGCAAACGAACAAGCACAGCCCCACCUUCUGCACACUGUUGUUCCCUGUUUCCAGCACCUUACUACUUCUGCUCAGGAGUUAAUUAACUCAAUGAGUCUUUCAGUGAGACAGCUGGUCGUCAGCGUCCAGCUCCCUCCACCAUCCAAACACGCAAGGGUAAACACUCGUCACAAGUAAGACUCAUCAUGAUUACAUAUUGAUCCUAAAAUAAGGAGUUCGAUAACUGGAUGACAAAUGAAAAAAAUAAAACAAGGUGGGGCAUCUAUUUAGGCAUUUGCUCUCAGAAAGAAGUUGACACAGAAGUUGCUUUCAUUCUGACAAAUAUUCAACUGUGUCACUUAAGAUGAGCGGAUGAUUGAUUGUGAUUAAAUUCACAUUGCCUACUGUUGCUUGGUCACAUUAUGUAGGCUGGAGUGAUGAACAGUUAAUGAA